AGACGCCUGGUAGUCUGCUGCGACGGUACAUGGAAUGACAGUAUCAGCACAGAGUCUCCAAUUACAAACGUUUCCCGGAUUUCACGAUUGAUCAAAGCAGUUGGCGAUGAUGGCGUCCCACAAAUUCUCUCAUACCAAGUUGGAAUUGGAUCUGGCACCACGGGAUUGGGGAAUGCGAUUGACGGAAUGACAGGAAGAGGCAUUUCGACAGAUAUUCGAGAAGCAUAUACAUUCAUAUCUCAUAACUACACGAGUGCAUCCGACGAGAUAAUAUUGAUCGGAUUUUCACGAGGAGCAUUCACAGUUCGGAGCGUUGCAUCCUUAAUAAAUGAUAUCGGUCUUUUGACAAAGAAUGGCCUGAAGUAUCUGCUGAGACUUUACAAUCUCUGGAAAAGGAAUCAACCUUUCGAGGUCGUUGGCGGAAUCACGAUUGACCCCAAGACUGAAUUGCGCAAGUCUUGCGAAGAGAUCCUUGAGAAGGGUUGUCUCUUGCCAAACGUGAGGGUCAGAGUAUGUGCAGUAUGGGAUACAGUUGGAAGCCUGGGCUUUCCUGUGCCUUGGCCAGUCCCACAACGCAUCCCAACAAAGCUACGUCAUGUCAACUCGACCUUGUGCGAAAACAUUGACAUUGCGAUCCAAGCUCUCGCAUUGAACGAAAACCGGAGGCAUUUCCAGCCCACGGUAUGGGAAGCUCCACCGAGUGGUUCGAACCAGAUCUUGAAACAAUGCUGGUUCCUGGGAGCCCACAGCGAUGUUGGAGGCGGAAACGAAGACGCGGGUCUUGCAAAUAUCACUCUGAUAUGGAUGAUAUCUCAGCUUCAUCAUUAUCUA